GGCGUUGCCGCGCGCGGGCCCGCCCCGCGCCCUGGUGAGCGUCCGUGCGUGCGCGCGCGCGCUGUUUCCGGUCGGGGGUGCAGGAUGGUGUUGCUGGAGAGUGAGCAGUUCCUGACAGAGCUUACCCGACUCUUUCAAAAGUGCAGAACUUCGGGGAGCGUUUUCAUAACGCUGAAGAAAUAUGAUGGCCGAACAAAGCCAGUUCCACGCAAAGGCCAUGUGGAAAGUUUCGAACCAGCAGACAAUAAGUGUCUUCUAAGAGCAACUGAUGGAAAGAAGAAAAUUAGCACAGUGGUGAGCUCAAAGGAAGUAAAUAAAUUCCAGAUGGCAUAUUCAAAUCUGCUGAGAGCUAACAUGGAUGGCUUGAAGAAAAAAGACAAGAAAAGCAAAAACAAGAAGAGUAAAGCAACACAGUGAUGGGGGCAGUGUCCUGCCGUCGUUAUAACAGACUUACCCCUUGCUCAAAGCAAAGUCCAUUUCUUUUUGAGUUACCACUUGUCUUUGGCUUUCCUUCCAGCAGGAUACUGGGAUGUGAUCAGUACUUGUGUUUCAAACUGAGAGCAGAAGGUGCUUUCUGAGGACUGUUAUAUGGCAGGAGUAUUUACAGGGUUAUACUGGAAGAGCUUUACACUCCGCUGUCAGAUAGUUUUGUCCUUAUACUACUGGGCUUUUUGUGUUGUACAAGUGGACAGUGUAAAACCUGUUUGGGAGAGAGUAACACAGGGUGGAGGGAAAUGCACCAUACCAGGGGCAAAGUAAGACUGGCGCAGUCAUCUUGGUAACAGAUGCUCAAUUUUAUAGAUAAGCCUCAGUAGUACUAGGGAAAGUGGGUGCCAACAUAUUACCAGGAACAGCAGCUGUUUGUCUUACUCUGAGGGACUUGUCUACAUGAUGCAGUGCAGAUGUCUGUAAGGCUGCCAGUGCAGUGAUCAAGGUCUUGCAGAGCCAGGCACCUGGGCCUUUGCUCUGUGCUGAUCCAGGUGUGCUGACCUUGGCUCUGGGUUGGGGGAGGGCAGGGCCUGCAUCAUGUUAUCUUCAGACAAGACUUAACAAAUGCUCAUGUCACCAAAACUUUUUUUAAAGCUUCAUCCUUCAGUAUAUUCAGGGACCUGAACUUCCCCAUACUUCACAUCUUAAAGUACCUCCUUCAUGUGAGCAGCUGUAAAAGAUGGAUACUUAUUUGUUCCUAUUAAACACAAUGAGAAAUGGA